CUCGGAGCCCGCUCUUCUGCAUAGACUCUUGAAUGACAUCAGAGAUUUAGAUGUCAACGGUUUCUGACUCACAAUGUGUCAUAACAUAUCAGACCGCGCGCUUUUCGAGACCGACUGGCUGUUUAUAGAUCUCAGUCUCGGCGGUCAGUCUGACAUGCGACCACCAAACGUAUAUCAAGAGGUCCUGCUCUUCAAGUUUCUUCAGUUCACCACCUGCUCUUCGCUCCAACAUCGCCCUCAGUACCUCGCAGCAAAUCUCGCCACCGCCUCAACAUUCAACAAUGUUUCCCAAGUUCAACAACCUACUCGCUGUUGUCUCUGCUGCCCUCGGGCUCGCGUUGGUCAUCGUCCAUCCGCUCGUCACUGCAUUUGGCGUUGGAGCAAUGGUGCUCUACGGAAAGUCUUCCAAGGCUCCUCCAGAAGGAACCGAACGUGGAGAAGAAAGUCCCAGUCCUGCUGAGACGUCCACCACUUCCGAAAUCAACAACCUCAAGGCGCGGCUCAAGCUCGCCGAGCUCGACGAACGCAUCAUCGCGACCGAGCUCGGGGCAAUCAAGGCGUGCAACACCGUCUUGGAAACCGAACUCGCGGCGUUGCGCCCGGCGUUCAAGAUCCAGGCCGACAGGUGCCGAGAGCGCGUCAGGAUUCGGGACGAAGAAGUGGAUGCGUUACGGGAGCAAGUGUACGACGCCAACGAGAGGAGGAGGAGCGAGAAGGCGUCGGUCGACGAGCAGAGGGACCACACCCCUACUCCGAGCAGAGCCAGGCUAUCCUUCCCUCUUCUCCAUCGCUCUCUAUCUCUCCCUCCACCGACACCCAAACCCUUCAGACCGCUCUCGCCGAAGCCAACCUUAAAGUCGAGGCUCAGACCGACCGCGCCGAGUUGUCCGGACAGGCGUUACAGUCGUUGCUUCACAUCAACGAGCAGGUCUGCGCACGGAUGGAGGCUCUCGAGCGCACGAUAGCGGAGCUCAGGACCGGAACAUCGAAGGUCUUCAGCGUUCGCGAUCACCACACUGCCUCGCCACUUGCCCCCGUCGCCCUAUCCUCUUUCGAUUCUGUCAUCAACUCUUCCCGCAUGCCUUCUUCAUUGAUUUCGUCCUUGUCUCUUCCCAUCCUUCCCAUGCAUUCCACAACAUCUCCGACAAUGUCCUCUACUACAAUAUCUACCUCUCCUUCCACCCCCGCACUCCCCUUAUCCCCUCUAUCACCUUGCACCUUAUCCAUGCACUCCGGUUUCUCUCCAAAGGUUUCCUUCUCAUCUUCAGCCUCCGCGCCCCAUUCCCUCUUCUAUCCCUCUCAUGACCCCGCCGAGAUCUCUCUUCUCGACCACAUCCAUCGCUUGGACCAGCUCGUCGUGUCUCUCGAGUCGAAGAUUCAGGCGCUCGAGUACACCAAUCAGGAGCUCGAGGGUGACCUAGGCGACCAACUAUCCAUCGCCAUGCAGCUCCCGGAGAUGAUCUUCUCCGUGGGCCAGGAAGCCGCUGCCAAUGACGAGGAGAUCAAGAUCCUCAAGCGCGUCAUCCUCAAGAGGCUUGGCGCGCAGGAGCUGGAGGAUGUCGAAAACUACAUCGCGGAUAGGAAGAGUGUGUCUCCAGUUCAUGCGUCUCCGCAAGUCGUUCUCACCCAGCCCGAGGGUGGGAUUGUGCGCGGAGUGGACAAUAUCAGCCGGCUGAUCUCAACACGCAACUAUUUCUAUUCCCCGAUGUCCGCAUCCCCUUCCUCUGGAUUAGUUGAAUCUGACUACAUGGCUGUCAGUAAGAUAUUGUCCGACGUCAAGCGGUCCAUCGACGAUGGGCGGCUACUGAAUCUUUGGAGCUACGACCCAUCACCCCGCCACCCGGCCGGUUUUUCAUUUGGUGUCGACGUUCACGCAUGCGCAGGACAGGAGAAGGCAUAGGAAGAUCUGCUCGAGGGCUCAAUAUGUGUCACUGGUGACACAUCAUCAAUAUCCCUCUCUUCAGACGACGACGACAUGGAGUACUCGACGGACGCGGCAUCAUCUAGUUCAUCUUUGAUGUCGUCCCCUACAGUGCCAUUUACUCCUCGGACUUCGUCACGAUCUUCCUCUCCGCCAACUUCUCCAGCAACAUCUUCGGUGACUUCUCCGGAAGACGACAAGCGCCAACACGAGUGCGCUCACGGGUCAUGUACAUGGCUACCCAACUCGCUAUUGUACCGCUGCCCCCUCUCUCGUCAAUCGGCAUACUCGGUCGGCUCGUCGAGUUCCAGACUCCGGCGUUCGAUGAUGUAGACUGGUUCACCGGGAUGGUAUCCGCAAUUUGGUCUAAGGGUAGUUGCUGGCAGCUGCCCUGACUUAUUUUUGUGGAUUUCCCUUCCCCUUUUGUACCAUUGCAUUGUUUGAUUCUAUGUCUACGACGGCAAGCAAGGUUGUUUUAUCCUGAUAAUUACCAGCUAUAAUUAUA